GCGAGGCGGGCGGUGCCGUGUUUCUACAUCCGGUGCGUUCGAAAUCGUUCUCGGGCAAGCGACGGCAGGCGAACACGGCGACGAAUGGAGCGCGCAGCUAACGACGCUCCGCUUAUGCUAGCGUGAAACAUCAGUAACAACAAGUCACAACCGGGGGAAGAAAAAAAACAAAAACCCCUUCACACUUUCAAGCGCCGGGCCGUUCGCGCACAACGAGACACAACGAGCCGCGUCGCGGGGGUCGUGUGGAGCCAUCGCAGCGGAGGUGAGCCCCUGUUGUGUCUUCCUGCGCGGAGCCGGAGCAACGUUUGAUAAGUCCUUCACCUUCUCCUUCCUGUGACAAAUGCUCAGGCCACAGAUCAGUCUGUAUCGCAACUGUUAGAGGUGACAGGGUGAGGACGGGGAGGAGUGCUGGUUCGCCGUACCAGGUAUAUUCUCAUGAGCGUGACUGUGCCGUCCAGGCGCUGCCAGUGACCGGGGCUGUGGCUGUGGCGGGCCCGGCCCAGGAGGCCUUUUUGUACAUCACUCCAGGCUCCCACUGACCUGUCCUGCUCACACCAUGGAUCAACAGAGAGAUAAGUAUGGCGAGCGGCCCGCCAGGAGCACCAAAGUGUCCCAGGGCAGCCGCAGCGGACACUCGUCCCGGCCAUCCGGCUCCUCAAGCUCGUCUGGGGUGCUCAUGGUGGGGCCAAACUUCCGUGUGGGCAAGAAGAUCGGCUGUGGAAACUUUGGUGAAUUAAAGCUCGGUAAAAAUCUCUACACAAACGAGUAUGUAGCCAUUAAACUGGAACCAGUGAAGUCGAGGGCACCGCAGUUGCAUUUAGAGUACAGGUUCUACAAAACACUGGGAACUACAGCGGAAGGAGUGCCCCAGGUGUUUUACUUCGGGCCCUGUGGGAAAUACAACGCCAUGGUUCUGGAGCUGCUGGGCCCGAGUCUAGAAGACCUCUUCGACCUUUGUGACCGGACUUUUUCACUGAAGACCGUCUUAAUGAUAGCAAUUCAGCUGAUUUCUCGAAUGGAGUACGUGCACUCUAAAAACCUAAUCUAUAGAGAUGUAAAACCUGAAAACUUCCUCAUCGGACGGCAAGGGAACAAAAAGGAGCACAUAAUCCACAUCAUUGACUUUGGCCUGGCCAAAGAGUACAUCGACCCCGAGACCAAAAAACACAUUCCAUACCGGGAGCAUAAGAGUUUGACUGGCACCGCCCGAUAUAUGUCCAUCAACACGCAUUUAGGCAAAGAGCAAAGCCGGCGAGAUGACCUGGAGGCCUUGGGUCACAUGUUCAUGUAUUUCCUUCGUGGGAGUUUACCUUGGCAAGGACUUAAGGCCGACACGUUGAAAGAAAGAUACCAGAAGAUUGGAGACACGAAACGAAACACUCCCAUCGAAAGCCUCUGUGAGAACUUCCCAGAGGAGAUGGCCACCUACCUGCGAUAUGUGAGACGACUGGACUUCUUUGAAAAGCCUGACUACGAAUAUCUGAGGACUCUGUUCACCGAGCUGUUUGAGCGGAAAGGAUACACCUUCGACUACACUUACGACUGGGUUGGCAGGCAGAUACCCACACCAGUGGGGUCUGUCCAUAUAGACUCUGGAGCAUCUGCGGUCACGAGAGACAGCCAUCCUCACAGAGACCGGCCCUCACAGCACCAACCAAUUAGAAAUCAGACAGCGGUCUCAGAUCGACGAGGAGCAUGGGAGGUGCAGCCCACACGCCAAGCAAACUCCUCCUAUCUGACCUCCCACCUGGCAGCGGACAGGCACGGGGGCUCAGUGCAGGUGGUGAGUUCGACCAACGGGGAGCUGAAUGCAGAUGAGCCGGUUAAUUCCAACGCUCCAAUCACAGCUCAGGCAGAGGGCGAAGUGGUCGACGAGGCCAACUGCGUGAAAAUGCUCAACCUGUGGUGCUGCUGUUUCUUCAAGCGAAAACGGAAGAAGAACACCCAGAGGCACAAAUGAUCGUCUGCCACCACUGGCCUGAAAUCUUUUUUUCCCAAGUGUCCAGCUCGGUUGAUUGUGAUUCCUGGAAAUCAAUAAGAGGUCCCAUUCACAAUUAAAAGAGGGGAGACGACGGAAAGAUCCUUCAUUGAAUUUGUCCCUCUAAAGGGACCAGUUAAAAAUGGUUCAAGACGCUUGUGUCUUUCCAUGGGAGUCCUAUUUAAAAAUUAAUUUUUUCCCCACCCUCCAAGAUGUGUGGGAAUGUUUUGCAGGCCAGUCGGCCAAACAGGAGGACCUAUUCGUUGGAUUCUUUUGCAGGGGAUAUUUUUUUCUUCUUCCCUAAAGACACUCAGCAUUUGUAUUUUUCUCUCCUCUUUUUUUUCUGUUUAUCUCCUGUGGUAUUACAAAGGAAGCGACGGGUCUUCCUGUGGAAUAUUGCCACCUUCCACCUGUUCCGUACUAUAAUUUUUAUUUUUUUUUGUUUGAAAAUCCUAUUUUUUCAUUUCCCCUCUGUCUCGUCCCAGUUCAAGGUGUUUUUGCCUGUUGUUUCGUUUGCGAACUCGUUUAUUUUUUUUUAUUUUUUUGACACAAAGCCCCUCUGGUCAUUCCCGACACGAGGCUGAAUGUAAACCUGGACACACGAUGGAGCCAGGAGUGUUAACAGAGAGCAUCAGUCUGUCGGCCCCUGCACUUUUCUUUUCCCCCUCCCAAAGAGGUCAACCCCCUGGAACUAGGACCCGGGCCUGAGAGAACAGAAGACCAGAGGGGUCUCCUGCACUGUGUUCUCUCUCAGAAUGAUUUCUUCUCGCGCUGCUUGGUUAAAGCGCUUCCCACUUAACCACGCCCGUUCUCAGAAAACACACACUACAGCCUCUUUUGACUCAUGCAGAUUUUGCUCCUGUCGGCUUUGGGAUGACAUGCGGCAACCUGACUCUUCUACAUGCUACAUAAACAAAUAUGCUAUUUAUGCUAUUUAUCUCUUGGUUGCCACCGAUUUUCUUACCAAUUAAAAAAAAAAAAAAAAGAACAUACACACUGAAUGUAUGGACAGUACGGUAAAUGACUUUGGGAGUAAUCAUAUAAUCUGUUAUGCGCAUGGAAAAGAAAUUGCAGUUAAGGAGUUAAGGCCAAUGUUUUAAAAGCAGGUGGGGGGGAGACCAAAAUGAAGUGGAUUUGUGGUUUGGGAGAGUCUUGAUUGUUCUGAUUAAUGUAAUGGUUAGUAAUGAACUGUGCACCAGUAGACGACGCUGGGGGAUGUUGCUUUGGAGCGACAAGAGGAACGAGCGUGAUUUGCUUUCGGAGAUUAAAUCACAGCCUCUCUCUCGACGCUGCUGUCCAAUGCCUUAACCCCAACCAGUCGACCCCCACAACCCCAACCUCCCCACCACCACCACCACCACCACCCGUUGGACAAACGAGUUGGAAGCAUGAUGGUUGUGAGAUUUUUUGCAAUUCCUUUUGGGGGGGUCACCUGCAUCAUAAAGCCCCAAAGUUGCCGACUGUUCCCCGAUCGUAUCCAGAGUAGUUGAUGACUUCCUGUGUAACACUGAAGAUGUAUUCCUAAAAGAUGCCAAAUGUGAGGUUUGGUGUGAUAAUCUGUGACGACGGUGUUGAGACGUUGUCCCUGCCCCUGUGUGUCCAGUCUGAAGACCCCUGUGUUUUUAUGUUCGGGUCCUUCACCUUGAUGCAGAGAGAGAAUAAUAACAACAUGUCCGUACCAUUUUAUUUUUUAUUAAGUGUCACGGAGGACUGCCUUGAAACAAUAUCCUCGAUACGUCACCUUGCUCCAUCCUCCCAACAGAGAGCAAAUUUACCGUACAUGGGUGUUUUACUUUUUAUCUUGCUAAUGUGAAUUUUUUUUCCCAUCUUUCAUUCCAAAUAGCCAUGGUUUUUAUGGGGAAACAGAGGUUAACAAAAAGAAAAGGAAAGAGAGGAAAAAAGAAGCUUGAAACCAUGACUGCACUACAUUUGUUGACCCAGGCUUUCCCUGACAAGACCCCGCCUUCUUAAUACUGUACUUCAAAACGUGCUUAUUACUUUAAUUGUAGCCUCCUCGUGUGCUAAUCCUUCCCUAUAGGGUGCAGGGAAUACACUUUAAAUUUUUUUUUUAUAUCCCCACCCACUCAGUUGUGUUUUUUUUUGUGUGCCAUGACGCCCUCCUCCCUCUAUACACACACACACACACACACACACACACACACACACACACACACACACACACACACUCAUGCAAGUCCUGGAUGAAUCCUCUCUCGGCGGAGUGUUAGAUUUGGCGCUUUGUGGGCCUACUCCAUCAUCUUUACGAAUACAAUGUUAUAGAUGUUGCAAACUAUCUCAAUGAUUCAGUAUGUAAACCUGCUUGUUGCGUGUAUUUACACUGUAUAGCUUUUUUUUGGUUCAUUCUUAACCCCCUGACGUGUCGAGUUACUCCAGGGUCUAAGUUAUUGUGUUAUUGAAAGUACUUGAAUAUGAAAAUCUAUGGGACCUUUAUUUUCUGUUUGUUUUAUGGUUUCCUCGGGUCAUUAAUCGUUAUAAUUCCACGUAGGAUUUGAGGGGUGGGGUUGGGGGGGGGGGGUAAACGGGCUAUUUGAAUGACAGGUUUUCAUUUCUAUUGAGACGUCUUAGUGCCUCGUAAGUCGUGUUUGGACGGGUGGCAUUCGUCGGACUCGCCUGUGGAGUCCUGUGCUUAGCCGGUGUAAAUGACCGGAUGAGGCUUGGGUCAUUUAGCUUCACCCGGUAAAGGUCCAGUCAGAUGUAGGCUUGGAGGUUAAAUCACGCAUUUGUCUCCGUGAAACAGUUAUCGUAAUGCUUUGUUUUUUUUAUCUGGUGAGGGGUGAAUCCCCACGUUUAGUGUUUUUUACCAGACGCCCAAACAUCUGCUGCCUGUGAAUCUGCCUCAGCAGCACCCGGGGCGUUUGACUCCAGCGACCGGAGGGAAAAGUUGAAAGUAUUCCUGUGUAGUGUCUGUGAGAUGGAUAUCAAGACUAAACGGCCUUCAGUGUUCCCCCUCUCCUUCGAAUUCCCCCCUAGUGCCAUUCCUGAGACGACUACUAGCCCAUGCCUUUUACCUGUGCCAGAAAAAUAUGAAGUUGAAUGUUGUCUUUUGUUUUUUUUGUUUUUACCAUCGCAAUUUCCACCUUGUGUCCUCCACGUGUCCAUAAAUCUCAGAGCAACGUGGCUCCAGGAAGUGUUGGGUGAGUUUUCACUACUUUCAGAGUUGAAUCACGUGACAGAUCAUCUUUGCACAACAUCUGCUUCUUCCGUGGACCUGCUGCGGGUCCGCAUCGCUCUUUUAGCUCACGGCUGAAUCGGUAGAUAAUAUAGACAUAUUACUCUGGUGUAUUUACCUUUUCUUUUUCUUUUCUUUUUUCUUUUUUUUAACUCUCUGGGCCUUGUACAGAGCGAUAUAGGAGAGCUCUGUAUGAUUUGCAUGGCUUUAUCUGGAGACGACAGCGAGCGGCCGCUAUCUCUCUUUGGUGAAUUUUCUCUCCUGUGAGGCUCAUAUACUGUUUGGUCACUGAGACGUCUCCAUGUGAAAUAAGAAAAACUUUUUUGUGUCGUCACACAGCACAUUCCAUUUCUGUUCCCUUUAUCUCUCAUUCAUUAUCUCUCACUUUCAGUCAGACGUGUUUAUUUUUUUUUUUGGUGUGUGUGUAAGUCAUCCGUGUGUGUGUGUGUGUGUCAAAGCUGUGUAAAUCAAAGCAUAGGACAGUUAAAGUGUGAAUGAACGGCUCACGGUCUUUAUUUUUCUGGGUUCUCUGGCACUUUUUCUUGUUGCUGUACUGUAGAGUUGUCUUGGAUUUACUGUAUAUUUUUUUCUUUGAGGGAGAGGUUUAGGGUGACAUUUACUGCAAUAUUGUGAUGAUUAUUUGAAAAUUGUAAAUUGUACAGUGUUCACAAUUGUAGUCUUUGUUUGUUUUGGUUUUUUUCUAUUGGGAUUCCAUAUAAAAGAAGUUCUUCAAAUAUUUUUUUUUCUCUUCUUCCUCUCAGACUGUGGAAAAUCAGAUUGUACAGCUGCAAGAGUUUAUCCUCCCCUCCGCAAUUUUUUUUUUCUUUUUCCAGAGCUAUGAUUAAGAGAAGUCUUAAAACUGUAAAUAAAUAUUAUUGUGUUGAAAUAUGAAUGUCACUUCAAAAAUGUAUUCGAAUGAGUUAAGUCAAGGGCUUCAAGAAUGAAGGAGCCACAUUUCUUCUUUUUAUGAUUUCAUAAUUUUUAAUUUGCAGAAAAAGGUAAAGGUCCUUUUUAUCUGAAACUCCUGUUUUUGUUUUUUUUGUCCCCUCCUUGAAUUCAUAUAAAUACAAUGUGUCACACAUGAACCUUAUAAAAUCACUUUUUAUUCCCUCCACACCUAAAGGGAAACUCCAGUUUGCACCCUUUUUUAUGUAAAAUAAAAGCUCUCCACCUUGUGGGAAA